AGAGUCUCCAGUGAGACGGGGACAUGUAGUCACAGGCUGUUAAGGUGGGAGCAGUGGUCCUCAGGCCUGAGUGGGCCCUAGUCCCCCCUAGGGAGCCUGUUUAUCCAUGCAGAUUUCCAGGGCUGCCUGAAAUUCAGACUUGAAGUUGCUGAGUUUCAUUUAGCUGGGAAGGGUGUGGGGAGAAUCUUCAUUUUUAACAAGUUUAGCAGACUGGUACAGGUGACCUGCAGCCCCUGCGUUCCUUCGGUGAGGGAUUGGCUUCCAGGGCUUUGGAGGUAGUAGGUGAUGUGGGGAGGAUGGACCUGGCUGACAACCUACCGUGUGACCUGGAGUGGGUUGCAUCCUCACAGAGUGUGUCUGCAUCUCUUAACACCAUGAAGUCAUGCGGGUUCAAGGACAUGGACAAAAGGUUUUGCACAGUGCUGUAACAGCCACCAUUUACUGACCUCUGACUCUAAACACAAAAGAGGUCAUCAGUGUGAAUGCCAAGAAGGAAAUAAUGCCGGUGAACAUUUCUUGAGUAUUUACUGUGUACAAUCCCCUGUGCUAACUCCUUUCUGUGGAUUAUUCUCGAUGAAAUUUUACAACACCCCGAAUAGGUGCUAUUAAUGGCCAUUCUACUAAUGAACUGACUGAGCCACAGAGACGUUAAGUAACUUGCCCAAGGUCACGCAAAUGUGUAACUCUUCAGAGACUGAGGGAGGGAGGACGGGAGUGGGAAGGAGGAGAAGCAGAUUGAGCGAGCGGCUCAAGAAGAGGAAUCGACCCCAACGCCCACCAGCAGCUCCGGCGGCCCCCGUCUCGCAGCCUGCCGCAGCUCCGGCUAGCCGACCAGCCAUGUCGCUCAGCGGAGCCUCUGAGCGCAGCGUCCCGGCCACCAAGAUUGAAAUUACCGUGUCCUGCCGGAACCUGCUGGACCUCGACACCUUCUCCAAGUCCGACCCCAUGGUGGUGCUCUACACGCAGAGCCAGGCCAGCCAAGAGUGGCGGGAGUUCGGACGGACCGAGGUGAUCGACAACACGCUGAACCCAGACUUCGUGCGCAAAUUCGUCCUCGACUACUUCUUCGAGGAAAAGCAAAACCUGCGCUUCGAUGUGUACAACGUCGACUCCAGAACCAACAUCUCCAAACCGGAUUUCCUGGGACAAGCGUUCCUGGCCCUGGGAGAGGUGAUCGGAGGCCAGGGCAGCCGAGUAGAGCGACCCCUCACGGGUGUACCAGGCAAGAAGUGUGGGACCAUAUUGCUGACCGCAGAGGAGCUUAGCAAUUGUCGGGAUAUUGCCACCAUGCAGCUGUGUGCAAACAAGCUGGACAAGAAGGACUUCUUUGGGAAAUCAGACCCCUUCCUUGUGUUCUAUAGGAGCAAUGAGGAUGGCACGUUCACCAUCUGCCACAAGACGGAGGUUGUGAAAAACACGCUGAAUCCUGUGUGGCAGCCCUUCAGCAUCCCUGUGCGGGUAUUGUGCAAUGGAGACUAUGACAGAACAGUGAAGAUUGAUGUGUACGACUGGGACCGGGAUGGAAGUCACGACUUCAUCGGUGAGUUUACCACUAGCUACAGAGAGCUGAGCAAGGCCCAGAACCAGUUCACAGUGUAUGAGGUACUUAACCCUCGGAAGAAAUGUAAGAAGAAGAAAUAUGUCAACUCGGGAACUGUGACGCUGCUUUCCUUUUCUGUGGACUCUGAAUUCACUUUUGUCGAUUACAUCAAGGGAGGGACGCAGCUGAACUUCACAGUAGCCAUUGACUUCACAGCUUCCAAUGGGAAUCCCCUGCAGCCCACCUCCCUGCACUACAUGAGUCCUUAUCAGCUCAGCGCCUAUGCCAUGGCCCUCAAGGCAGUGGGAGAAAUCAUCCAGAACUAUGACAGUGACAAGCUGUUCCCAGCUUACGGCUUUGGGGCCAAGCUGCCUCCCGAGGGACGGAUCUCCCACCAGUUCCCCCUGAACAACAAUGAUGAGGACCCCAACUGUGUGGGCAUUGAGGGCGUGUUGGAGAGCUACUUCCAGAGCCUGCGCACAGUGCAGCUCUACGGGCCCACCUACUUCGCCCCUGUCAUCAACCUGGUGGCCAGAUGUGACAGCAUGGGGGUGGACUUUGACGUGAAGACUUUCUGCCACAACUUGCGGGCAACUAAGCCACCGUAUGAGUGCCCUGUGGAGACCUGCCGCAAGGUCUACAAGAGUUACAGUGGUAUUGAGUACCACCUGUACCACUAUGACCAUGACAACCCACCGCCCCCACAGCAGACUCCACUCCGAAAGCACAAGAAGAAGGGGCGCCAGUCACGCCCAGCCAACAAGCAGUCACCCACCCCCUCAGAGGUAUCCCAGUCGCCCAGCCGUGAGGUGAUGAGUUACGCACAGGCCCAGCGCAUGGUGGAGGUGGACCUGCACGGCCGCGUCCACCGCAUCAGCAUCUUUGACAACCUGGAUGUGGUGUCAGAAGAUGAGGAGGCCCCUGAGGAGGCCCCUGAGAAUGGCAGCAAUAAGGAGAACACUGAGACACCGGCUGCUACUCCCAAGUCAGGCAAGCAUAAGAACAAGGAGAAGCGCAAGGACUCCAACCAUCACCAUCACCACAAUGCUUCUGCAAGCACCACUCCCAAGCUGCCAGAGGUGGUAUACCGGGAGUUGGAGCAGGAUACCCCUGAUGCCCCGCCCCGGCCGACUUCCUAUUACCGGUACAUCGAGAAGUCGGCGGAAGAGCUGGAUGAGGAAGUAGAGUAUGACAUGGAUGAGGAGGACUACAUCUGGCUGGAUAUCAUGAACGAGCGGCGGAAGACGGAGGGUGUGAGUCCCAUUCCGCAGGAAAUCUUUGAGUACUUAAUGGACCGGCUGGAGAAAGAGUCCUACUUUGAGAGCCACAAUAAAGGCGACCCCAAUGCGCUCGUGGAUGAGGAUGCAGUGUGCUGUAUCUGCAAUGAUGGUGAGUGCCAGAACAGCAAUGUCAUCCUCUUCUGUGACAUGUGCAACCUGGCUGUGCACCAGGAGUGCUACGGUGUCCCCUACAUCCCUGAGGGCCAGUGGCUGUGCCGCCGCUGCCUACAGUCACCCUCCCGUGCUGUGGACUGCGCCCUGUGCCCCAACAAGGGCGGUGCCUUCAAGCAGACAGAUGAUGGGCGCUGGGCCCAUGUGGUGUGUGCCCUGUGGAUCCCUGAGGUCUGCUUCGCCAACACGGUCUUCCUGGAGCCUAUCGACAGCAUCGAGCACAUCCCACCAGCUCGCUGGAAGCUGACCUGCUACAUUUGCAAACAGCGGGGCUCAGGGGCCUGCAUCCAGUGCCACAAGGCUAACUGCUACACAGCCUUCCAUGUGACGUGUGCCCAGCAGGCUGGCCUUUACAUGAAGAUGGAGCCUGUGCGGGAGACGGGUGCCAAUGGCACCUCCUUCAGCGUCCGCAAGACUGCCUACUGCGACAUCCAUACGCCUCCAGGUUCAGCACGCCGCCUGCCUGCCCUGUCCCACAGCGAGGGGGAGGAGGAGGAGGAGGAGGAGGAGGAGGAGGGUAAGAGUUGGAGCUCAGAGAAGGUCAAGAAGGCCAAGGCCAAGUCCCGGAUCAAGAUGAAGAAGGCGCGGAAGAUCUUGGCAGAGAAACGGGCAGCAGCACCUGUGGUGUCUGUGCCCUGCAUCCCACCACACAGGCUCAGUAAAAUCACUAACCGCCUGACCAUCCAAAGGAAGAGCCAGUUCAUGCAGAGGCUGCACAGCUACUGGACGCUGAAGAGGCAGUCACGGAAUGGGGUCCCACUGCUGCGUCGCCUGCAGACACACCUGCAGUCUCAGAGGAACUGUGACCAAGUUGGGAGAGAUUCUGAGGACAAGAACUGGGCCCUCAAAGAACAGCUCAAGUCCUGGCAGCGGCUUCGGCACGACCUGGAGCGAGCCCGGCUGCUGGUGGAGCUGAUCCGCAAGCGGGAGAAACUCAAAAGGGAGACGAUCAAGGUCCAGCAGAUUGCCAUGGAGAUGCAGCUGACCCCUUUCCUCAUCCUCCUUCGAAAAACCCUGGAGCAGCUCCAAGAGAAGGACACAGGCAACAUCUUCAGCGAGCCGGUCCCUCUGUCUGAGGUAACCGAAUUGGACGAAGUACCUGACUACCUAGACCACAUCAAAAAGCCUAUGGACUUUUUCACCAUGAAGCAGAACUUGGAGGCUUACCGCUACCUGAACUUUGAUGAUUUUGAGGAGGACUUCAACCUCAUCGUCAGCAACUGCCUCAAGUAUAAUGCCAAGGAUACCAUCUUCUACCGGGCAGCAGUGCGGCUCCGUGAGCAGGGUGGUGCUGUGCUCCGCCAGGCCCGGCGCCAGGCAGAAAAAAUGGGCAUUGACUUUGAGACGGGCAUGCAUAUCCCCCACAGCCUGGCUGGAGACGAGGCCUCACACCACACCGAAGAUGCAGAGGAAGAGCGGCUGGUCCUGCUGGAGAACCAGAAGCACUUGCCGGUGGAAGAGCAGCUGAAGCUGUUGCUUGAGCGGCUGGAUGAGGUGAAUGCCAGUAAGCAGAGCGUGGGCCGCUCAAGGCGUGCAAAGAUGAUCAAGAAAGAGAUGACGGCACUGCGGCGCAAGCUUGCCACCCAGCGGGAAACUGGACGGGAUGGGCCUGAGCGGCACGGCCCCUCCAGCCGGGGCAGCCUGACACCCCACCCGGCAGCCUGUGACAAGGACGGGCAGACAGACAGUGCCGCCGAGGAGAGCAGCAGCCAGGAGACAAGCAAAGGCCUGGGUCCCAACAUGUCCUCAACCCCCGCACAUGAGGUGGGCAGGAGAACCUCAGUUCUGUUCUCCAAAAAGAACCCGAAGACAGCUGGACCGCCCAAGAGGCCGGGCCGGCCCCCCAAAAACCGGGAGAGCCAGAUGACCCCCAGCCACGGAGGCAGUCCUGUGGGGCCCCCCCAGCUCCCCAUCAUGGGCUCCCUGCGUCAGCGCAAGCGGGGUAGGAGCCCUCGGCCCAGUUCGAGUUCAGACAGCGACAGUGAUAAAUCCACAGAAGACCCCCCAAUGGACUUACCAGCCAACGGCUUCAGCGGUGGAAACCAGCCAGUAAAGAAGAGUUUCUUGGUGUAUCGUAAUGACUGCAGCCUUCCUCGGAGCAGCUCGGACUCUGAGUCCAGCAGCAGUAGCAGCAGCAGCGCUGCCUCAGACCGGACCAGCACAACGCCUUCAAAACAAGGCCGGGGCAAGCCCUCCUUCUCUCGGGGCACGUUCCCAGAGGAUAGCAGUGAAGAUACCUCAGGCACUGAGAACGAGGCCUACUCCGUGGGCACUGGCCGCGGCGUGGGCCACAGCAUGGUAAGGAAGAGUCUGGGCCGGGGAGCUGGCUGGCUGUCAGAGGAUGAGGACUCCCCACUGGAUGCUCUGGACCUGGUGUGGGCCAAAUGCCGAGGGUAUCCAUCAUACCCAGCUCUGAUCAUUGAUCCAAAGAUGCCCCGGGAAGGUAUGUUCCACCAUGGGGUUCCCAUCCCUGUGCCCCCACUGGAGGUGCUGAAACUUGGGGAACAGAUGACCCAGGAAGCCCGAGAGCAUCUCUACCUCGUCCUCUUCUUUGACAACAAGCGAACCUGGCAGUGGCUGCCCAGGACUAAGCUGGUUCCUCUGGGCGUGAACCAGGACCUUGACAAGGAGAAGAUGCUGGAGGGCCGGAAAUCCAACAUCCGCAAGUCAGUACAGAUCGCCUACCACAGGGCUCUGCAGCACCGCAGCAAGGUGCAGGGCGAGCAGAGCAGUGAGACCAGCGAUAGUGACUGAUAAUGUCCAGCACAACCCAACCUACAGUGCCCUGCCACCUCUCUCCUCCCCUUUGCUCACUGUCCUGGAGUGGCACCGGCCUCUGCACUGACUCAUUCCUGGUCUUGGGGCCAGUCUCAGGGGAAGCUGGGUGGGGGAGGUCCCUCCCGCCCUGAGUGCAGCUGGACUGUACAGAACACUCCAAGGGCCCAUGGAGGCUCUGCGCAAUGAGAGGGGAGGUUCCACAGGCCAGAAAGCUCCAGAGACCUCACGGCAUUGUAGCGCAUGUUGGUGGGCCAAGCUUAGGACGCUGCGUAAAACAGGCCAUCCAACCACCUCUGCCUACUCAUGCCAGGAGAACCCCUAACUGCCUAGUGGCCUGAGGCCCCUGAGGUGGUGAGGUGAGCUGGCAUCUGCACAGCCUAGCAUUGAGAUUGAUGUCUGUCCAGCCCGGAAGAGGGGCACUAGGUGACCCCCCUCCCCUGCUGUUGUAAAUACUGUAAAUAGUGGAGAAUUUAAAUUAUUCUCAUUUGUAACUGCGUUUCCGGGUCGCGCCAGAGUCAUUUGGUACUAAAAAAAAGACUGGGGCCUGUCCCCACUUCCCUUCUUCCCAUAGAUUCCCCCACCUUUCAAACUGGUUUGUAUUUAUUUCAAAGGAAGAAAAUAUAUUGAUUCUUAGAAAAUAAA